UUCAGCGUGAAGCAGGGAGCGAGAAAAGAGACAUGCAGACAGAAUGACUAGAAAGAGGGGGACAGAGGGAGCGAGAGAGAAGAGUGAAAGAGACACACAAGAUAUAUUUGACUCCGUGGGUGUGUGAAGUAUCAAGGCAUGCAUCAUAAUUGUAGAUCUUUCUCGGAGCAGCCGGACGUAACAGUGCAGCAGAAGGACAUUAUUGAUCUCGCAACAAAGUGUGCUUGUUUUUUACUUUAAAAACAGUGGGAGCUGAGAGAGACAUAAGAGACAAAAUGGAAACCGUUUUGUUUUCGCUGCCUCAAGGAUUUAAUUAACUGGGAUAAUAAAACAAAAAUACUUGCUGGGAUGCAGACUGGAAAAUAAUAAUGCCCCCUCACUGCCAAUAAUCAACAUUUCAAGGCAAGAAUUAAUCUGAGAUGGCCGUCAGCCCUAUCAUCAUCUGCCUCCUGUCCCUGAUGGGCUAUGCCUCGUCGCACCCCUCUCCUCCUCCUCCCCGGGGUUGCAGUGUGGAUGUGGACCCUCCGUACAGAGUGCUGUGCGACCUGGAGGCUGUCUGGGGGGUGGUCCUGGAGGCGGUGGCCUGCAGCGGCGGCCUCGCCUCGCUGGUCCUCGCCGUGCUGCUACUGGUCAAGCUGCGCUCCAUUUCUGACCCCGCCAGGCGCUCCGGCUUGGGACCUCUUCUCCUGCUCCUGGGCACGCUCCUGGGGAUCUUUACCAUCUCCCUGGCAUUCCUGGUGGGGAAGAACCAGGCACUCUGUGUGGUCCGCCGGGCCUUCUGGGGUCCCCUUUUUGCCCUCUGCUUCUCCAGCUUGCUGGUGCAGGGUGUGAGGCUCAGGAGGCUGGUGGCCGGCCAGACGAGUCCAUCAGGAAGCUCCUUGGCGGCUCUGGGCCUCGCGUUGGCGUUGGUUCAGGGAAUCAUCUCUGCUGAAUGGGUCCUGCUGACUGUCGUUAGAGAGGGUCACCCAGCCUGCGAAUACCCACCUUUAGACUUUGCUCUGACAUGCAGCUACACACUGGGGCUGCUCCUCAUAGCCAUGGGGCUUUCUCUGGGGGUGGUGCUGUGUGGAGGAGAGCUGGGGGGAGAGAGUGAAGAAGAUAGAGAAGGAGAGAGUGAAAAGCGGAGAUGGAAGUGUAACGCCGUCUGGCUCUUCCUGUCCAGUUUGGCAUCAGCAUUGCUAUGGGUGGCUUGGCUGGGGUUUUAUCUUUAUGGCAGCCAGGUGAGGGGAAAGGGGAAAGGGGAGCGUUUUGGGGGAGCAGGGAAGAAGGAUGUGAAGGUGUUGGAUGAGCCUGCGCUGGCGGUGGCCCUGGUCAUUCAGGGCUGGAUCCUGCUGCUGUUCCACGCUAUUCCAGAGGCCCACCUGUGUCUCCGGAACCCUCCGCAGUCCAUCACGCAAGACUUCUUCGACACCACUCAUACGUCCCCGCCUCCACACUUUGGAGAUGAGAUCCCAGCACACUCACACCGACCCUUCCCUGAGAACCAGGCCUUUUCUAUGGAGGAGCACGGUGAAACACUCCGAACUGGAACCUACCACAGCAGCCACGGGAGUAUGCGUCCCGGCAUCGCCUUCAGAGGUCACGUCUACCAACCCACUGAGAUGGCUCUGGUCAUGAAUGGUGGAACGAUGCCCACAGCCCCAGUAAACUACACUGGGCGACGGUUAUGGUAAUAUGCGACAAGACUUGAAGAAGAAACGCUGGUGUAACGCUGGUGUGUGAUUAUAGAAUUUCCUGUUGCCUAAGAAGAAGGAGAUUUUGAAAACAUCGCAUAUCACACAGAAUGGAUGUGAUGGGACCUUAAAAAUGCACCAUGCAACAUGUUACAUUUUAAGAACCAAUCCUAAUAGUGUUUUUGCUCUCCUUUUGCGUUCCUAUUUUUCAGCAGACUGGACAGAAAAUCACAAAAGAGAGGGUCGAAGUGACUCAGCUUCCAUAGCCUAGGAGAUUUUUUCAUAAGGGAACAGUUGUAAUGAUGCAUUAUUUAGGCACAGGGAGUUUUAAUUGUAAUAUGUAAAUAAAUACAUAAACAUGGAGUGCAUCAGAAGGGCGAAUGCUAUUAGGUUAAUAGCGAACACUGUGGUAUUAACCAUAAUAAAGAAAAGAUUAAAGUAUGAUUUGAAUGUAUAGAAGUACACAUGAUGUGGGAGCAGCUCUAAAUGAUUGCUGUAACUAAUUGAAGCCAGUUCCUCAGUGAUGUUUGCUUCACAAAAACUACUUUACUUCUCUUCUAUCUGGUGUAAGAAUACAUCUAAAAAAGACACGCCUUUAGGAUGUUUAUUUAAACAUACGCCCACAGAGCUGGCAUGGUGGAAGACUCAAAGGACUCGCAGGGUUUUUCUCUCCAUGUCUCCAUUCUAUUAUCAGUGCUAUUGGACAUUUCAUACAUAAUUGUCAUGCAGUAACAGAGCUGGUGUAAAGUUUUGAAUAAUAAUCUGAUGAUUUAAAAGGCUAAAAAUAGUCUACGGCGGAUGGAUUAGUCGUUUUUAAUAAGCCUAUGAUAAAAAGCCAUUUAAUACUGCAAUGCUGCAGUGUAUACAGUAACGUUUACUGUUUGAGGUUGUGAUUUUGCACUAUAUUAUAUCUGGGCAUUGUGAUAUUUGAGAUGUCUGAUCAUUUGAGAUGCAUGUAAAAGCCCAGUUUAGAGGUAAUGUAUUUUGUCCAAAUGUAUUUAAAUGUUUUAUAGAAUUUUGAUAUAUAUAUAUAGAAGAGAAAAAACUGUUUCAGUGUUUUAUUGCAAAGCUUGUUCUUGACAAUGGAAAUAGCGGUUGACAAAUCCACUUAAAGUGCUCAAAGGAAGACCAUGUUGUACAGCUGAAAUCUCUGGAACAGCUACCAAAUGGACCUUGAGGUUGGACUGUUUUCUCAACCAGUUUCACUCAUGUUUUCCCAAUAUUACUCUGGAUUCAAUAAGGCUAUACUGAUCAUGCUUGGUUAGAAAUUGUAUUGCAACUGUCAUUAUAUUCUGGCAUUCAGGAUCCCUUCAAAUGUUAUCUAGAGAAAACAUUAACUCAUCCAUCACUGUGAAUAUAACUGGAACCGACUCACACACAUGUACACUGUUUUUAUUAGUAGAAGGACAACGUUUGGCACCAUGUAGAUUUCUAAUAAGCAUCCGUUUUAAUUUUCUUAGAAACACUAAAUUCAACCCAGGACAAUUUAUCAAGUUAUAAUGCCAUUCACUAUGUUUAUUUUAUGACAAUUUCUUUGACCAUUUAUUUUUGUUAUAUAAAACUAAAGUAAAUAAUUUGCCUUUUUGUGUGCUCAGAUAUUGUACAAUGCAAAUAUAACCAUUACAAGAUGUAUAUGUGUUUACCCUAUAUACCUGAGUUUUAAUUGUGUAAAUAAUCAAAAUGUGAAAAUUGUAUUUUUCCUUUUUUAAAUGUUCUUAUAGUGAUAGCCCUGUCACUGUCUUAUGGCAGCGUAACAUCAAUGUCUGUAAUGUGGUUUGCACAAAGUGGCUAAUACAUCAGUGCAUAUUUCGGUUAAUAACUGUCUGGUCAUUGAACUGGUCUUUCGUCAUUAUCCAUGAGUCACUUUAUAGGGAUGCAGCUAUACAAUCAGCUAUACACACAUAGAGGAGAGGCAUGUGCAGUGACAGAGAAAAAUGACUGCACUGCAAUAAAAGACAAGCAAACAAACAAAGAAGAUAUCCUCACAAAUGUGUCAAUGUCAAUAAAAAAAGGCUGCAAAUAAAUAAAUAAUGCAAGGUUUCCAGUUGAUA